UGAAAUUUUGUUGUAUGAAGUUCCUAUUGAAGGACAGAAAAAAAAAGAAAGAAAGUUUUGUUGGAAACUAAACUUCAAGGCAACAGUGAAAUAACACAAGGUAUGUUGGAUUAUGUAGUAGAAACCACCAAACCAAUUUCUCCUGCAAACCAAGGAAUCAGAGGAAAACGAGUAGUCCUAAUGAAGAAAUUUCCUCUGGAUGGAGAGAAGAUAGGCAGAGAAGCAGCAUUAUUUAUUGUUCCAUCAGCUGUCAAAGAUAAUACUAAAUAUACCUAUACUCCAGGAUGUCCAAUUUUUUACUGUUUGCAAGAUAUUAUGAGAGUCUGUAGUGAAUCCAGUACACACUUUGCAACACUUACAGCAAGGAUGUUGAUAGCCUUGGGUAAGUGGUUAGAUGAACGUCAUGCACAGUCUCAUUUUAUUCCAGCUUUAUUCUGACCUUCUGCACUUGAGUGGAUAAAAACGAAUGUCAUAAACCCUGCAUAUGCUACAGAAUCAGGUCAGACAGAAAAUUCACUACAUAUGGCCUACAGUGCAUUAGAAAUAAAGAGUAAAAUGUUAGCCCUAGAGAAAGCAGAUACCUGUAUUUACAACCCACUGUUUGGAUCAGAUCUUCAGUAUACAAAUCGGGUAGAUAAAGUGGUAAUAAAUCCAUACUUUGGUCUAGGAGCUCCUGACUACUCAAACAUCCAAAUCCCCAAACGGGAAAAAUGGCAGAGAAGCAUGAGCACUGUCAUGGAAGACAAAGAAGGACAGUGGGUAGAUGACUUUCCUCUCCACCGAAGUGCCUGCAAAGGAGAUUCAGAAUUAUUAAGUCGUCUUCUUAAUGAGAAAUUUUCAGUCAACCAACUAGAUAGUGACCACUGGGCGCCCAUUCAUUAUGCAUGCUGGUAUGGCAAAGUUGAGGCCACUCGAAUAUUAUUAGAGAAAGGAAAGUGCAAUCCAAACCUUUUAAACGGACAGCUUAGCUCUCCUCUUCACUUUGCUGCUGGUGGAGGCCAUGCUGACAUAGUUGAGAUUCUCCUCAACCAUCCAGAGAUUGACAGACACAUAACAGACCAACAAGGAAGAUCCCCAUUAAAUAUUUGUGAAGAAAACAAACAAAACAACUGGGAAGAAGCAGCAAAAUUAUUGAAAGAAGCCAUUACUAAACCAUAUGAAAAAGUUUGAAUUUAUAGAAUGGAUGGAUCAUAUCGUUCUGUUGAACUGAAGCAUGGAAAUAAUACCACAGUGCAGCAAAUAAUGGAAGGAAUGUGUCUCUCUCAAGAAACUCAGCAAUAUUUCACUAUUUGGAUCUGUUCAGAAAAUCUUAGCCUUCAGCUCAAGCCUUAUCAUAAACCUUUGCAACAUGUUCGUGACUGGCCAGAAAUUCUUGCUGAGUUGACUAAUUUGGAUCCCCAAAGAGAAACACCACAGCUUUUUCUAAGAAGAGAUGUGAGACUUCCUUUAGAAGUUGAAAAAAAGAGAGACCCACUAGCUAUUCUUAUUCUUUUUGAUGAAGCCAGAUAUAAUUUACUGAAAGGUUUUUAUAUAGAUCCUGAUGCUAAACUGAUAACAUUGGCAAGCUUACUGUUGCAAAUAGUUUAUGGAAAUUAUGAGAGUAAGAAACACAAACAAGGUUUUUUAAAUGAAGAAAAUCUAAAAUCCAUUGUACCUAUUACUAAACUGAAAAGUAAGUCACCUCACUGGACAAAUCGAAUACUUCAUGAAUAUAAGAAUCUUAGUACAAGUGAAGGUGUCAGUAAAGAAAUGCAUCACCUGCAACGCAUGUUCUUACAGAACUGUUGGGAAAUUCCUACAUAUGGAGCAGCAUUUUUCACAGGACAAAUAUUUACAAAGGCAAGCCCCAGCAAUCAUAAAGUCAUCCCUGUGUAUGUAGGCAUGAAUAUAAAAGGACUUCAUCUCCUCAACAUGGAAACAAAGGCUUUACUCAUCAGUCUUAAGUAUGGUUGUUUUAUGUGGUAAUUGGGAAAUGCUGAUACUUGUUUUCAGAUCCAUGGUAUGGAAAAUAAAAUGAGCUUUAUAGUACACACAAAACAGGCUGGUCUUGUGGUAAAGCUGCUAAUGAAGCUUAAUGGACAAUUGAUGCCCCCUGAAAGAAAUUCAUAAAGGGAAAGUCACUGCUAUUCAAGACACCACAUUUUGUAAUGCAGUUUUUCCAUGAAAGAUUUCUUAACAAGGCAUUUUAGUCUCUUGUAAUAUAUGUGCUAUUAAAUACACUGUACAGAAUCUGUACUUUUGUUUGGUGUGUAAUAUACCAGUUAGUUUUAUAUGAUAUGCUCAUAAGCUAUUCUAAUUUUUGAGAGAAACCCAUA